GCACUCAUCCAUUAUCAAUGAUGGAGAUAUCUUGGUGUUUCAUAGCCUUGUCAUGGCUACUAGCAUUAGCUUUUCUCUCAAAAAUUUCCAGCCAUCCCAAAAGGAAACUACCACCAGGUCCAAGGCCAUGGCCAAUUAUUGGCAAUUUGAACCUUAUAGGUUCACUGCCACAUAAGUCUUUCCACCAUCUUUCACAAAAAUAUGGAGAUUUAAUGCUCUUAAAGUUCGGUUCCAAGCCUGUUUUGAUAGUAUCAUCUCCAGAAAUGGUUAAAGAGAUAUUGAAAACACAUGAUGCUAUCUUUGCUUCUCGCCCUGCCUUAGCUGCUGGUAAGUACACUAGCUAUAACUACUCAGACAUGACAUGGGCACCUUAUGGUGCACACUGGCGUCAAGCUAGAAAAAUCUAUCUAACUGAGAUAUUUAAUCCCAGGAGGCUUGAUUCAUUAGAGUAUAUUCGUGUUGAGGAAAGACGAACUUUGAUUUCUAGUCUUUUUCAUCUCUCAGGAAAACCAGUUUUGCUUAAAGAUCAUUUACCUCGAUUUUCACUUCGCACUAUAAAUAGAUUGGUUAUGAGUGGCAAGUACUGUAGCGAUAAUGAGUCAAACUCAGAUGCUUCAAUACUAACACUUGAAACAUUGCAAUGGAUGCUCGAUGAAUGGUUUCUUCUUAGUGGGGUGAUUAAUAUUGGGGAUUGGGUACCUUGGCUUAGUUGGUUCGAUUUGCAAGGGUACGUAAAGCGAAUGAAGGCAUUAGGAAAGAAUUUCAAAGAUUUUUUAAAAUAUGUACUUGAAGAUCACAAGGCAAAGAUGCAAAUGGAGGAGGAUUAUGUUCCGAAGGACAUGGUUGAUGUCCUGUUGCACCAUGCUGAUGACCCUAAUCUUGAAGUAAAGCUUACUACCGAUAGACUGAUGGGAUUAAUACACAGUUUGCUGGCUGGUGCAACAGAUACUUCAGCAACAACAGUAGAAUGGGCAUUUCAAGAAUUUCUGAGGAACCCAAAGAUGAUAGAGAAGGCAAACGAAGAGCUUGACAGAGUAAUUGGGAAACAACGAUGGAUAGAAGAAGAUGACUUUUCCCGGCUACCUUAUAUAGAUGCCAUAAUCAAAGAGACAUUUAGAUUGCAUCCGUUAACUUCAUUACUACCUCCCCGUUACUCCAUAGAGGACUGCAAUGUUGCUGGUUAUGACAUUCCAAAAGGGACAAUGGUAUUUGUAAACACAUGGUCUUUAGGAAGAAAUCCUAAAUAUUGGAAUAGGCCAGAAGAGUUCAUGCCAGAAAGGUUCUUAGAAAAUGACAUUGAUAUAAAGGGACAAAACUUCACAUUGUUGCCAUUUGGUUCUGGAAGAAGGAGGUGCCCUGGGUAUAACCUUGGUAUUAAGGUUGUUCGGACAACGAUGGCUAACUUGUUGCAUGGAUUCAAUUGGAGAUUAGCAGGAGACAUGAAGCCAGAAGAUAUAAGCAUGGAGGAGAUUUAUGGAUUGACUACACACCUUAAAAAACCGAUAUCUAUGAUCAUGGAACCAAGACUUCCCCACCAUCUUUAUUAG